UGAUUGUCAUGUCACGUUAGAGCUAGUGUUUAUAGGUGAUAAAUCAGGAGAUUGGGGCACGAAUCUGAUUUUUAAUACACAAAAUCCGAUCAUUAUCGAGGCAUGAGUCAUUUUGACAUAUAAACGUGUGUCCAAUGGUGCGAAUUCAGUUGUAACAAUGACACUGAUUCAUUAACUCGAUUUAACAACUGCCCACAGGUCAUGGUACAGUCCUCAAUCCUGAAUAGUACCACAAAAAAUUCAUCGAGAUGAUGACCGAGGAGGACAGGCAGAUCCGAGUGGCUGCUGAGAAUCUUCUGAGUGGUUCAGUCCAGUCCCAGAGGAGCUCUUAUCAGCGUAGCAUAAGCAGCAUCAACAGGGACUACGUCGUCUCCGAGGAUUUGAUAGCUGGAAGUCGACACAAUGGCCGAAUGUCUCCUGUCAGAAGAUUCUUUUGUUUGCUAGUCACUUUUGAUUUGCUCUUCACUUGUCUCAUGUGGCUCAUAUGCACUACAAUAGCAGGGGAGAAUAUCACAACAGCUCUCAUCCAGCAAGUGGUCCACUACAACAUCCAGACUUCAUUAUUCGAUAUUGUCAUGUUAGCAGCAUGCAGAUUCAUAAUUCUUCUCUUGUUCUACGGUCUGCUGUACAUAAGCCACUGGUGGAGCAUAGCCCUCACCACUGCCACAACGAGUGCCUUCCUGGCAGCUAAGGUCUACAUGUUCAAUUGGAGUGGUGUGACACAGCCAGGGUUCCAAGCUCUUCUCAUCAUAGCUUCAUUCGUCCUCGCGUGGGGAGAGACUUGGUUCUUCGAUAGUCGUGUUGUGCCGCAAGAAUCUCAGGCCAGACAAUGGAUAAUAAAUGCUGUUGAUUCUGAACGAUCACCACUGCUGAGACCCGGUUUCGAUGGCCCUCCAAGCCGCAUGGCCGAGAGUGUGGGAAAUUUCUUUACACCCAUGGACUCUCCCACACACUCGGACGACGAGGAACCUAGGGCUUUUCGGAGACGAGACACCAGGAGUGACGAGGAUGUUUCUAACAAAAUUCCCACCAUGCCUCCAUUAACACUCCAACAAAUCGAUGAAUACAAGAGAAAAGCAGCAACACUGAUGGAGCAAGCGCAUCAUUUGUUGAUAUCCAACGACUGGAAGACGAUAACGACGACUCUAGAAGGAGAUGUUAUAUCUGCAGUGAAUCGGAGUUAUGGGAAAGUUGUGCGCAUAGAGGGGAUAGUGGAAGCUCCUGCCUCGCAGCUCCUGGACCGUCUCUUCGAGUGGGUGGAGGAUCUUCCCUCCUGGAACAAGGAAGUAACAGAUGCCAAAAAAUUGCAGAUUAUCGACGAGGACACUGAUAUCGUUUAUCAGUCAACAAAGAGCUUCGGGGGAGGCCUUGUGGGUGCUAGGGACUUUAUCACACUACGUCAUCGCGGUCAGUGUGGCGAUUAUUUCAUCAGCAGUGGAGUCUCGGCUAAUUCCGAUGUUCCACACCGUAAAAAUUAUAUCAGAGGGGAAAAUGGAAUUGUUUGCUGGGCAACACAACGAUUAGUCACUCAAAGCGAUAGAAAAAAGAAUAAUUGCAAAUUCAUAUGGAUAUUGAACACUAAUUUGAAAGGAUGGCUGCCACAACGGGUCAUCGAUAACGCCCUCAACAGUACAAUGAUUAAUUUCAUGAGCUCAUUGAGAGCUCACGUGGAAAACUUGUCCCCCUCAUUCUCCUAAAUACCACAACAAAUACUCGAAUUUAUGAAUCCCUAAAGAAAUAGAUUACAGAAAAAAUAGAUCAAUGUUAAUUUUCUUAUGGUCUAUUAAGUUGGGUGUUUUGAAUGUGUGGACUAUUUUUUUCUGAUCUAUUUCUUCUGCCUACCUGAAUUUAUAAGUUUUUUUGUGAUAAAAUUAGGCUAGAUAGCGUGGAGGAAGCUGCGAUUUCUCGUGAAACUUGGGGAAUUUUAUAUUUUGUUGUCAUUAACUGAAUGGAUUGCCCGAGGAGAUCUAUUGAAGGGAGUAAUUAACGUGAUGAAUGGGUGAGUGGGAACUGUUCACUCGCGAUUCAAUUAUGGGGCUGAAACUCUUUAUAUUGUACAGUUGUUAUUGCAAGUGCUCUAGCAUUUAAUAUUCUGUCUCAUGUUUCGAUUUGUGCAAUGAGUUCUAUCAUUUCUAUGGGAUUUAUUGAUUGUGAUUUCUCUCAAGUGUAAAAAUAAAUUUUUAAUA